CUUGGGCAAGGGCAGCCCCAGAAGGGCAUGAUCUCUGGGCUUCUGUGGGCUGCAUGGCCUCCCCUGGAUCCUGAGCCCUGGUCUCUGACCUGGACAUGCUGCAGCAGUGACGGUGGUUAAUUACUAUCCAGGUGACUUGGAAUGCCAGUGAUCCCUUCUCAUUAGUGAGAGACUCUAGAACUAGCUGGUGAAAGGCAGACUCUAGCAAAUGGUGUUAAUUAGUGGACCUCAGAGGUGAAAAGGCCACAUGGUCGCCUCUGUGCAGCCUGGCACAGUGUCUGCUUAGCAUGCCCUGGUGGCCGCUGGAAUGGGCUGCCGUUCCAUGAUGCUGCAGAAUAACUUGUUGGGUGGGGCCCCAGGACUGGCCAAGCUUGAAGGGAAGACCAUUUUCGAUGGUGGGCUUUCACUGGGAAAACCGUAGCAUUUUGCAGAGUCAUGCCUAAAAUGAACCCUGGUUUGGGGGAAAAAACAAUUAGAGCCUGUCGAUCUUAGACCUAAAUAUUUUAGGGAAACACAGUGGUACCCCCACUGUAAAGAAGAGUAGUGUCUGGCGUUUCCACCUUGGGAAAGAGCAGCUUCGUGUUGCGCUGUUGCACAGCUGGCUGAGGCAUGGUCCCCUUGUGUACCUGUUUUGUGGAAGCCAGAUUCAUAAGUCUUGCUGCUGGGGUUGUGUCUUCACAGACAUAGGGCCUUCUGCCCUUCCUUCAAAGCUUGCUCCUCUCCACACCCCCGACCUGGCAGCCAGAACCCCAAAUGCAGCUGCAGCCCUGCAGCCUUGCAGCCUGUGUGGCCUUUGCAGCAAGUGAGGACUGUGAUAGUGCUUAAGAGAAACAUCUAAAUUGGAUAAAAACCCAGAGGUGUUUUCUCCCCGAAGAACCAGAUGGGCAGGCUUAGGAGUGAGGUGAGGAGGGUGGUGGGAGGAAUUGGUUUGAAUAAAAACGCUUGCUCAGGACUAUUUGUGUUUCAUCCAAAAGAUGUCUCUCAGGGGAAGUUACCAGUCCCUUAAAUAUCACAACGGCAGCAGAACUGCAGGGCCCAGGGAACCUUGGGAAGGAGAUGUUUUUUUCCCAGAAAAAUAAGCGACAGAGUUAGGAAAGGUCACCAUCCUGAAGCCCUCCCAAGUGCAGCCUUGCGGGCCUCACAGAGAGCGCCAAACCGUCCGGCCCUGCGCGCGACGGGGACGGACAUGGCCACAUCUCUGGAGUAGCAGCUGUGUCAGGGUGGCAAGGUUAGGCCCGCAGGCCCUCAGCUCGGGGGCGCAGCCGGGGCAAGUCCUCAGGAAGCAGCGAGGUGCUUGAAGGGGGUGCUGGAGGCAGCCCAAGCCCAGUCAGGAUGGGUGGCCCGGGGCCACGACGGGCGGGAACCUCGAGGGAGAGGCUAGUGGUAACAGGCCGAGCUGGAUGGAUGGGUAUGGGGAGAGGGGCAGGACGUUCAGCCCUGGGAUUCUGGCCGACCCUCGCCUUCCUUCUCUGCAGCUUCCCCGCAGCCACCUCCCCGUGCAAGAUCCUCAAGUGCAACUCUGAGUUCUGGAGCGCCACGUCGGGCAGCCACGCCCCAGCCUCGGACGACACCCCCGAGUUCUGCGCAGCCUUGCGCAGCUACGCCCUGUGCACACGGCGGACGGCCCGCACCUGCCGGGGUGACCUGGCCUACCACUCGGCCGUCCAUGGCAUAGAGGACCUCAUGAGCCAGCACAACUGCUCCAAGGAUGGCCCCACCUCGCAGCCACGCCUGCACACGCUCCCACCAGCCGGAGACAGCCAGGAGCGCUCGGACAGCCCCGAGAUCUGCCAUUAUGAGAAGAGCUUUCACAAGCAUUCAGCCACCCCCAACUACACGCACUGUGGCCUCUUCGGGGACCCGCACCUCAGGACUUUCACAGACCGCUUCCAGACCUGCAAGGUGCAGGGCGCCUGGCCGCUCAUCGACAAUAAUUACCUGAACGUGCAGGUCACCAACACACCUGUGCUGCCCGGCUCAGCGGCCACUGCCACCAGCAAGCUCACCAUCAUCUUCAAGAAUUUCCAGGAGUGUGUGGACCAGAAGGUGUACCAGGCUGAGAUGGACGAGCUCCCGGCUGCCUUCGUAGAUGGCUCUAAGAACGGUGGGGACAAGCACGGGGCCAACAGCCUGAAGAUCACUGAGAAGGUGUCAGGCCAGCACGUGGAGAUCCAGGCCAAGUACAUCGGCACCACCAUCGUGGUGCGCCAGGUGGGCCGCUACCUGACCUUUGCUGUCCGCAUGCCUGAGGAAGUGGUCAAUGCUGUGGAGGACUGGGACAGCCAGGGCCUCUACCUCUGCCUGCGGGGCUGCCCCCUCAACCAGCAGAUCGACUUCCAGGCCUUCCACACCAAUACUGAGGGCACCGGCGCCCGCAGGCUGGCAGCUGCCAGCCCCGCACCCACAGCCCCUGAGACCUUCCCAUAUGAGACAGCCGUGGCCAAGUGCAAGGAAAAGCUGCCAGUGGAGGACCUGUACUACCAGGCCUGCGUCUUCGACCUCCUCACCACGGGCGACGUGAACUUCACACUGGCCGCCUACUACGCCUUGGAGGAUGUCAAGAUGCUCCACUCCAACAAAGACAAACUGCACCUGUAUGAGAGGACUCGGGACCUGCCGGGCAGGGCUGCUGCGGGGCUGCCCCUGGCCCCUCAGCCCCUCCUGGGUGCCCUCAUCCUGCUCCUGGCCCUGCUCCCUGUGUUCUGCUAGAUGCGUAGAUGUGGAGGGAGGCACAGGCUCUGUCCCCUCGGUUUCUCCAUCUGUGGGCUGGGACCGCCAACGGGGUGCAGAUCUCCUGGCGUGUCCCCCAUGGCCCCACAGAACGCCAGGGACCGCCUGCUGCCAAGGGCUCAGGCAUGGACCCCCCCCCCUCUAGUGCACGUGACAAGGUUGUGGUGACUGGUGCCGUGAUGUUUGUGACAGUAGAGCUGUGUGAGAGGGAGAGCAGCUCCCCUCGCCCCGCCCCCGCAGUAUGAAUGUGCAAAACAGCCCCUCAGACUGAAGCUCCCCACCCCCACCAGAGAGACACUGGGAACCGUCAAGAGUCAGCUCCUUCUCGCAAUGCACUGAAAGGCCCAGCCGACUGCUGCUCGCCCAUCCGUGGGGCCCCCUGUGCCCGCCACAUGCACGCACACACUCUUACACAAGAGCACACUCGAAACCCCUAGGCCAGCGGGGUCACCCCAGCCACACAGGCAUCCUUGGGGCUCAGCCCCAGGCAGGGCACCCCUGGGGCGCUGCUUGGCACCUUAGCGGACUGAUGGAAGCUUUUGGCCAGUAGGUGGUGCCCGCCUGGUGCCUUCUUGCCUGUGGCCUCCCUGCCCAUGCUCACCUGGCUGCUGUGGGUACCAGUGCAGUUCCUGGUUUUCAGGCACCUGCUCAGCUGCCCGUCUUUGACCUGGGCCCCCGCCCCUUCCACCCUGUGCUUAGAAAGUUGGAGUGCAUGGUUCUAAAUGUCUAAACAGAGAAGAGAUCCUUGACUUCUGUUCCUCUCUCCCUUCUGCAGAUGCAAGAGCUCCUGGGCAGGGGAGCCUGGGCCCCAGGGUGUGGCAGGAGACCCAGUGGAUGGGGCCAGCUGGCCUGCCCUGAUCCUCUGCUUCCUCCUCACAACCCCAAGAGCCCCCACCCAGUCCACCCACGUGUGGAGUCUGGGGAGAGGAGCAGGGUCUUAGGCUUCUCAGCCCUGAGCAUCCCUGGCAGGGUCUCCAACUUCUAAUCUCUUCCCUUAAGCCCUGUGGCCACACAGCCAGGAGAGACUUGCCACUGGCUCCCGCCUCAUUUCAGCCCAGGGUGCUCAUCCAGGAGCCCAGAACAGUCCCACCUGUGCUGCUAUGCCCACAGCACAAAGCCGGCUUUGCUCCCAGAAGUGCAGCCAGGCCCCAGAGGGUGAUCCCGCCAGCAACUCUACAGCCCCACACCCUCCCCACCCAUCAGCAUCCACGGCAGCCCCUCUGCUGUUCCCCAGGGACCUCUCAUACACUGGCCAGGAGGCUGCAGAACAUGUGUCUCCCCCUCCCUCCAAGAGGUCCUGCUCCCUCUGCCAGAACCGUGUGGGCGGUGGGAAGGCGCUCGGCGCCCGGCCCCUCCCUCUCCCUGCUGGUUUUAGAUGGUCCCUAUGUUGGAAGUAAAAAGUGAAGCACUUUAUUUUGGUUGUGUUUGCUCACGUUCUGCUUGGAAGUGGGGACCCCUCACUGCGUCCACGUGUCUGCGACCUGUGUGGAGUGUCACCGUGUGUACAUACUGUAAAUUAUUUAUUAAUGGCUAAAUGCAAGUAAAGGUUUUUUUUUUUUGGUUA